AUGGGGAAGAAGAAAAAUGAGCAAGAAAUUAAACAUGUCGUUGCAGAAUUCAAAAUCCCAAUGCACUGCAAUGCAUGUGAAAGAAUAGUUGUCAAAACCCUAUUGAAGAUCAAAGGGGUGGAGAGGAUUGCAACAGACAUGAACAAACACAAGGUUAUGGUAACGGGAAAGAUCGACCCGGAAAAGGUUUUGAAUAAACUGAGAAAAAAAACUAGGAAGAAAGUAGAAAUAAUUGAUGACAAAGAAUAAGACUUAAAAGAUGCGUCUGAUGAAGGAAACUUAUCAAGAUCAUUUAUUAGUCAUCCACUAAUUCUUGAUUGCUGUAAAGAAAGUGAACAAUUACUUAUGAUGUUUAGUGAUGAGAAUCCAAAUGCUUGUUCCAUAAUGUGA